AUGGAUUUCUCAUUUUUUUUCCUACCACUGUGUCUUUUUCAUCAGCUAAUGCUGAUAUCAGCUGGACGAGAUUUUUACAAAAUUUUAAAAGUGCCACGUAGUGCAAGUCGCAAUCAAAUCAAGAAAGCGUACCGAACACUUGCUAAAGAAUUCCACCCCGAUAAGCGAAAUAAUGAUCCAUUGGCACAGGAAAAAUUCCAAGAUAUAGGUGCCGCUUAUGAGGUCUUAAGCGAUGAUGAGAAGAGGAAAACAUAUGAUCUUCAUGGUGAAGAAGGCUUGAAAAAUGCAGGUGAUGGUGACAGCGGAAAUUUCUACGAUCCAUUUUCCUCAUUCUUUGGAGAUUUCUCUCGUAGCAGACACCGUGAAGAGGGAACACUUCGUGGUGCUGAUGUGGUUAUGGACUUAUGGGUUACUCUCGAAGAAGUGUAUAAUGGAAAUUUUGCAGAAGUAAAAAGGGUAAAAUCAUUAUACAAACAGACAUCAGGUACAAGAAAAUGUAACUGUCGUCAUGAAAUGCGUACCGAGCAGUUGGGUGCUGGUAGAUUCCAGAUGUUUCAAGUGAAAAUUUGUGAUGAAUGUCCAAAUGUUAUGCUGGUGCAAGAAACGCAUUUUCUUGAGGUUGAGAUUGAAGUGGGUGUGGAUGAAGGACAUGUGCAAACAUUCGUAGGUGAAGGUGAGCCACAUAUUGAGGGUGAACCGGGUGAUCUGAAGUUUGUAAUCAAAAUCGAUAAGCAUCCAAUUUUUGAGCGACGUGGUUUGGAUCUAUACACUAACAUCACUAUUUCAUUGGAAAGUGCACUAAAGGGCUUUAAAACGGAAAUAACCCAUCUUGAUGGACAUAAAGUUGAAGUUGCGCGCGAAAAGAUAACUUGGCCAGGUGCAAAAAUAAGAAAAAAGGAUGAAGGAUUACCUUCGUAUUCCAAUAAUAAUAAGAAAGGGAUUCUCUAUAUAACCGUUGAUGUCGAGUUUCCUCGUGGAGAAUUAACUCCUGAGCAGAAAGAAAUUGUUGAAACACUACUGAAACAAGAAUCUUUUCAGCCAAAAGUUUACAAUGGUUUGCAGAUGUCAUGA